AUGUCAGUUGAAGAUAUAUUCGACCUAUACAGCGAACCUGAACCCGCUGCUCGUCCAAGCAAGAAAAAGGGGAGCAAGCAACACCGCGGAGAGAGCAGCAGCAACCCUCCGACAAAAAAGACUCAGAUCGCGGAUCCUCCAAUACCAGUUCCUUCCAAGGAAACAACACCUCCUCCAGCUCCCAUCGACCAGACGUCUCCACCAGCCCCUACCGACCAGACACGUCCUCCGGCGCCUGUUAACCAACAUCCUCCAGCUCCUGCUGACCAGACACCUCCUGAUCAAACAGGAGAGGCUUUGACAAACAUUGUGCUUAGCUCAGCCAAAGAUAGGCUGGCUAAGCUAUCGAGGCACCGACGCAGCCGAGAGGCUAUCAUCGCACCAACUCCAUGGAGGUCGACCAGAUCAUUAACCGUGCGCUGA